AUGCCGCACCCUUCACAAUCAAACAAAGGCCGGAAAAGAAGAGCCAAGUUCACCGACGAGAUUCAAGAAGAUCUGAAGCCACAGAAGGCGAUAAAGCUUCUAAAUCAGGAGGUAGACCUUGAUCUUCCCGGUGACGGCCAAUUCUAUUGCAUCGAAUGCGCACGCUACUUUGCGGAUGGUGACACGAUGGGCAAGCACAAGAAAUCUAAGCCGCACAAGCAACAAUUGAGAAGACUGAAAGAGGUCCCUUAUUCAAUAACCGAGGCGCGGGCGGCUGGUGGUAUGGGUGUGGCGCCGGCGAUUAAGAACUUGACUCCUGGCGAAGUCACGGCGAUGAACAAGGCGGCAAAGAGCGAUGUCAAGAUGGCCGAGGAAGAUUCCACCAAG